AUGUCGCGCAGAAACCCCAUGGGCAUGACCGGUACGAAUAAUGUACCACUCGGCACUCGUCGUCGCUUUGGCGAACGAGGCGACGAGGAUUCCGUGUCCCCACCUCCCCCUCCCUCACAGGGAGGAGGAGCCGAGUCGUUCCCGGUCUCUAUCAGCAGUCUUUCUGAAGGCGCCCCUCCUAAGAGAGGGAGAUCGCCUGUUAGAGAGGUGGAGUUGAAUAAUGACGGAACGCGUAAGAGGAAGAAGAAGAAUCGAUGGGGUGAUGCUGUGGAUAAUAAAGCUGCAGGUCUUGUGGGGCUUCCUACCAAGAUCGAGGCUGCAAUGACCUCGGAACAGUUGGAGGCCUAUACGUUGCAUCUUCGUAUUGAGGAAAUCACUCAGAAACUUCGGAUUAACGACGUCGUUCCUGCUGAUGGUGAUAGAUCUCCUUCUCCACCACCUCAGUACGACAACAUGGGUCGUCGUAUCAACACCCGUGAAUACCGAUACAGAAAGCGUCUUGAGGACGAGCGUCACAAACUAGUCGAGAAGGCUAUGAAGGCUAUUCCCAACUAUCACCCACCAUCCGACUAUCGCCGACCCACUAAAACUCAAGAGAAAAUUUACGUUCCGGUGAACGAUUAUCCGGAAAUUAACUUUAUCGGUCUUCUGAUUGGACCUCGUGGUAACACUUUGAAGAACAUGGAAACUCAAUCUGGUGCCAAGAUUGCCAUUCGUGGAAAGGGUUCCGUGAAGGAAGGAAAAGGGAGAAGCGAUGCUGCUCACGCCUCUAAUCAAGAAGAGGAUCUUCACUGCCUCAUCAUGGCUGAUAGCGAGGACAAGGUCAUCAAGGCCAAGAAGCUCAUCAACGAUGUCAUUGAAACUGCCGCUUCCAUCCCUGAAGGUCAAAAUACGUUGAAGAGGAACCAGCUUCGUGAGCUUGCAGCUUUGAACGGUACUCUCCGUGAUGACGAAAACCAGGCCUGCCAGAACUGUGGUCAAAUCGGACAUCGUAAAUACGACUGCCCAGAACAGAGGAAUUUCACAGCCAACAUAAUCUGUCGUGUCUGUGGUAAUGCCGGCCACAUGGCCCGUGAUUGUCCUGACAGACAGCGCGGUGCCUCUUGGAGGAAUGAUGACCGUGGCGGACCUGGAGGUCGCGGUGGAUUUAGUGGCGGCAGCCGUCCGGCCGGUGGCAUAGGAGACGCCGUCGAUCGCGAAUACGAGCAACUCAUGCAAGAACUUUCAGGCGGCGGGGCUGCAGCUAUUGGCGGUGGAACCGAACAACGAGCCAUUGAAGCUGGACCUGGUGGUAACGAAGGCGGUCAGAGCGAAGGUGGGUAUCGUGGCGGUUAUGGCGGUCGUGAUGACCGCGGUGGAUACAAUAACAACAACCAAGAAGGCGGCGAGCGAAACCUCAAGCCCUGGCAAAGAGGCCCUACUGGCGCUGCUGCACCAUGGCAAAAUCGUCCCCCACGUGAAGAUCGCGGUAGCUAUGGCGGUAGUGGUGGCGGCGGCGGCGGCGGUGGUGGCGGCCAUCACCAAAACCGUGACCAUGCUGGAGGUGCUCCACCAUGGGCCGGCGGUAGCGGAGGCGGAGGCGGAGGAAACGACCAUUACGGAGGUCGCGAUCGCGGACAACCACCACCACCCCCUCCUCCUUCACAGGGUUCCGGGUAUACACCUUGGGCUCAAGCCCCCGGUGGCAACUCUUACGGAUCUUAUGGAUCUUAUGGUGCUCCAGGUAUGGGUGCUCCAGGAAUGACAGCUCCACCAGGGAUGUAUGGACAUUAUUCGCAGUACGGACAGGGUGUCCCACCACCUCCACCACCCCCAGAUGCAGGUGCACCACCACCACCACCCCCUCCACCAAGUGAUUCCAUCCCACCACCUCCACCACCAGCUUAG